AUGGCCGGGGAAAAGAAAGGAGCCAAGGGCAAGGCCGGCGCUGCCGCCAAAGCCGUCCUCAAGGGACAGGGUGCCAAGAAGUUGCGCAAGAUCCGUACCUCGACCACAUUCCACCUCCCCAAGACUCUGCAACUCUCCCGAUCCCCCAAAUACCCUCGCAAGUCCGUCCCCCACGAGACCCGCCUCGACCACCACAAGGUCAUUGUGCACCCUCUCAACACCGAGAGCGCCAUGAAGAAGAUUGAGGAGAACAACACACUUGUCUUCAUCGUGGACGUCAAGGCCAACAAGCGUCAAAUCAAGGCUGCUCUUAAGAAGCUUUAUGACGUUGACACCGUCAAGAUCAACACACUUAUCCGACCCGACGGAUCCAAGAAGGCUUAUGCUCGUUUGACUCCUGAUGUGGACGCACUUGAUAUCGCUGCUACCAAGCUCGCUAUUGUUUAA